AUGGAUGAGUUUGCACAGACCGGAGCGCAACAGGAUGAUUUGUUUGACGACAUCCAGUACGACCAGUCAAUGCAGACGCGAGCUCCAGACGACUUGUUCACCCAUGACAUACAACCUGUACAUCAAGACGUCCAAGACGCUACCGAGCCCGAGACACAGGCCGAGUCUGCCGUCCCACCAGAAGUCAACCUGCCUACUGCCACAGCUGUAUCACCGUCAGAUCCAUCACCAGCUUCCAAAGAAUCAAGUCCAAUUCCCACGAGCUCUACGCCAAGUCGCCCACGUGGUGCUGCCAGAGGACGUGGAAGAGGCAGGGGCCGUAACAAUCAGGAUCGCAGCAACCAGGACCGUGCCAACCAGGACCGCAGCAGACUGGACCGUACCAACCAGGACCGUGGCAAUUUAGACCGUAGGAACCAGGACCGCAACAACCAAGACCGUACUACACAAAACCGCAGCAACCAAGACCGCAAUACUGAAGAUCGCAAAACUCACGACCGCAAAAACACAGAUCGCAGCAACACCGAUCCUCGUCGCAACAAUCAGGAUCGCAACAAGAGUGAUGCUCGUCGUAACAACCAGGACCGGAUCAAGAAGGAUGCUGAACUCAAGGAUGCUCAGCCCAAGGAUGCCCAACCCAAGGAUGUUCAAUCCAAGGAUGCCCAACCUAAAGACGCCCAGUCAAGGGAUACGGCCGAACCACAAGAUCAACAACUACCAGCUGCUCCUACCGAACCAUCCAAACCGACCACAAAUGCCGUACGUGGUGACCGGACUGCGACCGGAGGCCUACGCAAGCCAAAGCUGAGCGAGCAAGAGCUCGCCGACAAGAUGUCCAAGAUCUCACUGAAAAACGAGAAACUCGCUGCCGCCCAUGCUCGUGCUGAGGAAGACGCUGCCAAUUUUGCCGAGCGUGAAGAGGUCGCUGCUAAGCGUAGACAAGAAGAACGUAGAGAUAGACAGCAGAUGAUGGGCGAAAGAGAGAAGAAUAGAUUGCGGAAACUCAAAGCCGUGGGUGGUAGGGAAUGGGACGCCGAGAAGCCGGAUGAUGCAGAUGCCUUUGGAGGUCCUAGACAGCCCGCCGGUCGGGGACGUGGUGCGCAUGGUGGUGUUACCGGCCAGCGGAAUCCAGGAAGCUCUCGUGAGGGCUUCGGAGGUGACAAAGAAGACUACACUGAUGGACGCGAAUACAUGUAUCGCGAGGAUAGAGGUAGGGGAAGAGGUCGUGGAAGAGGAGGUCGUGGUGGAUCAGGCAGAGGUGGACGUGCUCCUCAAGAAGAGAAACCAUCCUCUCAAUCUGGUCCCAGGCCUGAAGAUUUCCCAGAUCUGUCGAGCGCGGCACCAGCUCCUAAGUUCGAUACCGCGCCACCACCAACCAUGGCCUUCCCAACAAAGGCAAAGAUGGAAAGGAUUGACCUGGAUGAACAAAUCACUCCUGGCAUGGAGAAAAAGUCCUGGGCUGAUAUGAUGGAGUAA